UGCCUGCAAUAUUUGCAAUCGAUCAGAGUGUAUUCCAGGUGAAAUGAAGAGAUGUCCAGAUUGUGACCGUCUUUGCAGGUCAAGUGAUUGUUUUGAUUUCCAUAAGUCAGUUAGGGGACAACAGAUAUUUUCAUUCUGUGAUCUAAUAUAUCAAUGCAGAAAAUGUUGCCAGGUUAUACAGCGUCGUAAAUGUCCACGGGAAAAUCAUCGCUGUGGUACCACGAUAUGUAAUUCUUGUAAGAAAUAUGUGGUCGCGGGCGAACACCAAUGCUUUUUGGGAAAAACGGAGCCAAAGGACCCCUCAGACCUGCACAUCUUUUUUGACUUUGAGACUGAUCAGACCUCGGGUGAACAUGUGGUAAACCUUGCUGUAGCACAGUAUGCAGACGGCCAAGAACAAGUGUUUAAGGGGUAUACAGCCUGCCAGGACUUUUGUGCUUGGCUUUUUGCUCCUAACCACAAAGGAUUUACGGCUAUCGCUCAUAAUAUGAAGGGGUAAGUUCAUUUACAUGUUUAUAAUGUUAUUUCUGUAUAAGAUUUUUUUGUUUUUUAAUGUUUUCGUUGUUAACAUUUUUAUUUAUUUAUUUAUUUACAGUUUUGAUGGCCAAUUUAUAAUGUCUUGGCUUUUAGAACAAGGCCUAACUCCAGAAGUUAUACCAAAUGGAUCUUUGCUAAUGAGUAUCUAUCAUAAGACCCUCAAUAUCAGAGUGAUUGACUCUCUGAAUUUUUUACCGAUGGCGUUAGCCAAACUUCCACAAUGCUUUGGUCUCACCGAGUUAAAAAAAGGGUUCUUUCCGCACUUAUUUAAUACGCGAGAGAAUCAAACAUAUGUUGGACCUCUUCCAAAAGUCGAUUAUUACAGGCCAGAUACUAUGAUGCCAUCUGUGCGAAAAGCAUUUUUAUCUUGGUAUGAAGAACACAAAGAUGAUGAAUUUGAUUUUCAAGCUGAAAUUUUGGCAUAUUGCAGGUGUGUAACUCUUUUAUGAAUUUAU